CACCCAUAGGAGGCCAGCCAGCGAGCCAAACAGGGCGUUGAAAAAGACGAUCUAAGGAAAAAUACGGACGAUAUUUUCACAGAAAUGGCGUUGUCCGGGUGCUAUGCGAUUUUGAAGUACUUGGUGGUCAUCAUCAACUUCAUAUUUUUCGUGGCUGGCAUUGCUGUUGUAGGCGUGGGAAUAUGGAUUCUGACAGACUCUACAAUGUACCUCCAAGUAGUCCAGGAUGAUACCAACUUCCACACUGGCUUAUAUAUUAUGAUAGCUGCUGGGGCAUUAAUGUUUAUAGUUGGUUUCCUCGGCUGUUGUGGAGCCUUGAGAGAAUCUCCAUGUAUGCUUGUCACGUUCUUUUCUUUCUUGCUCGUGAUUCUGGUUGUUGAAGUCGCAGCUGGUUGUUGGGUGUACACAAACCGAAAUGAACUGGAGAACAUGCUGCAGGACCAUGUCAAACAAACUGUUGAAAUUGAUUAUGGCACAAUUGAUUAUCGCACCAAGACCUUUGAUACCAUUCAGAAACAUCUCAAGUGUUGUGGUGCCAAUGGUCCAAGGGACUGGAGCAGUGCACGGUUCAACCAGGCUAAUAAGAAGAGUGGAAGUGGAAUGGAUCUUGCACUUUCUUCAUCCCCACAAUUUUACAGAUUGCCUCUGUCUUGCUGUAACACACCUGACAGUCGUCAAAUCUGUGAUGAUGCGUCUCGGAUUGGCCUCUCAGCAAAGAUUCCAGUUGUCAUGUAUAAAGAAGGAUGCAUUGACAAGUUGAAAGAAGUUUUGAGUGAUCAUAUGGUCAUUGCAUGGGCUCUGUUGAUUACCAUUGCUGUUCUUGAAAUCUUUGGGCUUAUCUUCUCACUUGUUCUUUGCUGUGCUGUGCGUUCUGUGGACCGUUACAAGUCAUAAGUUGCUACUUUCAAAAUGGUUCCUCAGCCAGUAAAGUGGAAAUAAUUUAUCUGGACCGAUUGCUGGACUUGUUGAUAACUGAAAGCAGUGCCAUGUUCUCCAUUGCUGUGGUGAAAACUUUUUACUUUCUAGUUAUUAUUAUUGUUUUUGUUCAAUUUUUUUAACUCUAUCUUACCAGCUUUUGGGUCCUACACAUGACAGCUAUCAUUGUGUGAUUAUAUAUUUAUUUUGAUUUCCUAUCUGAAUGUCCUGGAGUAGAAUGUACUGAGUGGAUUUAGGAUCUGAUGAUUUGUGAAAGAAAAAUUUGGUUCAGUGGGUUCUGUUUGAUGCGUUGGCCGUGUGGAGUUGGGCAAGUACUGUUUACUUUUGCCCAGUUGAAAGUUUUCAAUGCAUUUUACCAUACACCAUUGUAAAUUUGAUUCUUUUAAGGACAUUUUUUUGUCCUGUUUCAAUGUUUAUCUAAUAUACUAGUUUAUUGUAGUGUGUAGUGAAAAUAACUGUUUUAUUUAGUAGAGUAACCAGUGGCACUAACAUUCAAAGGACUUCUUCUUUAAUUUGUUACCUCACAGUUGAAAUACUGAGUUGAUAGUUCAUCUGUGUAGAAUUUGUGGCUAAGUUACGUCCUAUUUCCAAAGCUUUUAAGAAAUAAUUCUUAUCUGAAGCCUAACUCAAUCUUUGUUGUGCAUGCUUUAAGAAAUGAGUUGAGACGGUAUUAGAGCACAAGAUAUUUUCACCACUACAGACUGUUGCUGUGCCAUUAUACUUCUUAAAUGAAGACAGGAACUGAUAUUUUUGUUUAUAAUUUACUAAUACUAAGAUUUCACUCACUAAGUGCAGCUUUCUGGCAAACUUGAAACUACUGUUGAUCCAGUUAAUAACAUUUUGUAUUUCCAAUUUUGGUCCUUUACCAUUGUGUCUACACAUAGCCAUUAAAUGAAGUAGACUGGUGGAGAGUAAAAUUAGGAUUACGUUGUUAAUGGGUUGUAUACUGUUAACUGUGGAAACUAAGUGUUUUGAACUGCACAUGUGUUGAAACAAGUACAAGCAUUAGGGUUAGAAGUGUAGUUUUAUACUCAUAUUUUUUUUCCUGACGAUGAAAGCAUUUUUAUUUAGAAUCACUGUUGUGGUUCCUGUACUCAGACCCUUUUUAAAAUUUCCUUUAUUUGUGUACAAAUUUACACUUUGUAACUACACUAGUCUCCAAAUGCAUUUUCUCAAACUUGUAUGCGUUGUUCCCCCUUUCCUUCUAUUGUUUUUUUUUUUAAAACAUUUUUUUAAAAUUUGUUUUAAGUGCAUUUCAGGUUACUUCAAAAUGCCUGAUAAGUAGUGGCAUGCUGAGCUGUUCAAGUUUGUGGUCCAUUGAUUCCACCUACUUUGCUAGUGCCCAUUGAUGUUUCCAAAGAAAACUCUUGUAUGUACAGUGUGUCACACUUUAAUCUUGUAACCUCUUGUAAUCUCUGUGUAGUAGAAUUUGUUAUCUAUUAUGGAGUUUAAGUCAUAGAGUUUAUUGUGUAACUAUUUAGAUGAUUUUACAAUAAGUAUUUAUAAUUUUGUCCUCAUUCAUUUUAAUCAUAUUUUCUUCAUUUGGAAAAGAACUAUGUUGGCCUCUGAUUUUCCAAACACCUUACUUUGAGGAAAUUUUACAAAUUUGUAUUUGCCUCUCUGCAAUCUAAAUUGGUUACAAGUAUCCAUGUAAUUACUUGUCCAUUUAUCAUUUGGCUUUUGCAAGAUAAUGAAAACUUGCGAUUUAUGGGAGUUGAUGUGAUGGGAGAUGACUGGGGAUAUAAAUUUCAAGAGAAACCAGCCCUCAAAGUGUUAAGAAGACAUCCCUCAUAGUUCAAUAGAUAAUUUAAAUCUACCGGUAUGUAUCAAAGCUGUCUUGCUUUGGCCAAAUGGUGAAUGCUCUUUGAGAAUAUUGUACAAUUGAAUUUGCCAUAGCUUUAGGAUAUUACUGUAAAUGUUUAUACAGUUGUAUUGUUAGUUUGAAAACUAGUCUUAAGCACAUAAUCCAAAGCUGUACAUUGGAAUAUUAUUUAUUUUUACUCCAUUCUGGGUUUUAUCUGAGAGAAUUAUAUUUAUAUUGUAAAUUGAAUGUCUAUCAGUUAUGAUUGUACAAUUGUGAGAUUGUCGCACAUGCUAAAAGUUGUUCUCUAAGGGCUGUUCGAACUUACCAGAACCCCUUGAAGAAUUUACCAUGCUUUUCAGCUUGGUGCUGUCUCAGUUUUGUUUACUACUUUCAAUCCAAAUAGCGGAUGAGAUAAAUAGCUUUACAACUGUUACGCCACUGAUUGGUGUUUACCCGAAUUCCUAAACACUCUUGACUAUCUGUGUGUGCCAUGUAUUAACAUACAUUAUUUGUAAAUGUGCCUCUAGGGUUUGCACAAUAUAUUUAGAUGACAUGCAUAAGCAUAUAUUUUCAUAGAAUUUACCAUAGAUUAAAUAUGGUUUCUUAGGUUCAGACCUCUUCAGGUUUUGGUGUGCCAGUUUGCCAAUUUAUGUCCUUCUGUUCCCUUGAAUUAGAUUUUUUGUAUAUUUGCUGCUCAGUAAUUAAGCUACCUGCUGUCUUCAGUGUGCUCUCAUCUCCCUUAAACUACUCUUGCCAAGGUUUUGUACUUUUCGUUGUUGCUAGUGAAGAUGCAAGUUUUGAUGAUUUUUUUUUCAUCAGCCAUAAUUUCUAUUGUUCUUUUAUGUAUAUUGUAUGUGAUAUUUGGUGUUUCAGUUCUUGGAGAAGCUUAAAAUGUUCUUAGCGAACAAACUCAAAAUCGCCCCAUCAAAAACAUGCUCAGGUCAUAAUCAUUGAAUUGGCGCCAACAACUUUUAUUUAAUUUUGGCAUCUUAAUUUUGUGCUGUACCUUAACCAACUAACAUUCAUAUUGCCUUUCUACUUUGUGUAUUCUAUUUUGUAUGGUUUUAUUACAUCUUCUUGCUAUUGGGUUAUUGUUUGGAGAGUAACCAUACGACUUUGCUCUUGUUUUCAGUAUUCAUUACCAUCUUAGUUUGUGAGCUCAUUCACUUUAUUCAUAAAGCUGAUGUACAGCAUUUAUGAAAAAUUAUCUUGUCAAGUGCACAACUCUGUACCUAUCUAACUCGUCAUUUGACUGACGUAUGUUAACCUUCAUGGAUCUGAUUCCUUUUAUUUUCUAUUGUAUUACCAUGAUUGUGAUUUCUUGCAAGAUAUUUGUGUUAUCAAUUAACAUUGGGAAUGAAGCCACUUGUUUGCAUUUCAAAGGAAAUUUCACACUGGAUUUUGAUGGGCUACUGUAUUACCUUCUAUUUGCGCACAAGGUCCACUUGUUUGCAUGUUACAUGGUGAAAUUUAGGUAAGAAGUAUUUCAUGUUCAUUGUAUUCUCUUCUCUUGUUGAUUUGUGUUCAGAAACUCUGUAUUCAGAUGUACUCAGCAGUAGCUUACUAUUUUUAUUUAUUAUUUUUGGGGAGAGCGCUCCCUCUGUUGAAAUUGGUUGAUUGUACUGGAGUUGAGUUUUGUACCGGCUAAUGGGUGUCGCACCACAUGUUCGGACUAGUGAUGGUUCUUGUCUAUAACCCACCCGGGAGAGAGAGAGACGAGUGGAGCCUGCUGCCGCACCCGCUAGCCCCGCCCAGAGCUCACUUCCAGAUAGUACUGAGGAAGAGAGUUUUGUUUUCCAAUCUAGAUGAAUAGAGAUAAAGAUUGACCCAACCAUUUUAUUGUUUUGUGGUCUCUGGAAAGAAGUGUCCAAAUCUCAGCAAGUGGCAAAAAAUUAGUGUUUUCUGUCUAUUGAAUGUUGGAACUAGAUUACAGAAAAUAGACUGGACUUCAUCAACUCAGCACAUUCUGUCCAUAAAAAUGAAUCUCUUCAUGUAAUACUCACGGGAUUGGAUGUUGGAAUGCUCAUUGGAAGAGACUGUUUGUGUUACAGCAAUAGACUGAGAUGGUUGUUGAUCUUGCAAGUCAUGUCUAUUAUAUUAUAUUGUCAUGAUGAUGCUCUUCCAUUCAAUUUGCUGCCAAGAACAAGAUGAAUAUCUAUGAAACUUAAAAAAACAAACCAAAAACUUAAAAAAAAAAACUGAAAAGGAAAAAAAAGUACAUUGAAUUUCUUGUAAUGAUAGCAUGAUAAAAACUACAGUGUAGAGCAGUACUCCUAAGCAAGUAUGUUAGGGUUUUGUCUUUCUGGAUAACUAACUUAGUGUUGAAUCAUUCUUCUUACAACAUAGCAAAAUUUCUUUUAGUACAUUUCUCUCUUUGUUUUAUCCUUACCAAUUUAGAAAUUUUCAUUCAGUUUCAGUGCAUACCUUUUACAUUUCAGGUGAAAGAAUUGAAUCUCUCGUGUCGGUGGUUUGUCAACCUUUUUACAUGUACUUAACAUAGCCUGCUGAAUAAAGUCUGUUUAACACCAAAA